CCGACAGCUGGCCCCGCGCCCACACCGACAGCCACACCGGGGGCCCGCGCGCGGCACAGCCCCCCCGCGCUAUCAGCCCAGCGCUCUCGACGUGCAGCACGCCGGCCAGUGCGCGUGCGCAGUCCGUGCGCCCAGGAUUAAGCAUCCGUCGGCAGAGAGAUCACAAAGCGGCGCCAGGAGCUUAACUUGGCGCCCGUACAACACGAGCCGCACCAUGCGCACCCCACAGUAGUGGGGCUCGGCGGCGAGCAUAGGACGCAGACGCCCAUGCUGCCCGGAGCAGCGCCGGCACCGGCAUGGCGUAGCCAGCGGCAGGGGCGGCGGCAGCGGCGGCGGCAGGGACCGGGGCCGUGGCUGGCGCCGAGGCUGUGGCCAGGGCCGCGGCCGAGGCUGCAGCGAUGAGCCCCGGGGACAUGCGGGACGUGCAUCGCCGUCACCAGCGCCGCCUGUCGCCGCUAUCGCCGCCGGCCUCUGACCCCCGCUGCUGCCGCCCCGCGGCGCCCCGGCCGCCCCGCGGCCCCGGCCCCGGCCCUGGCCACGGCCACGGCCACCCGGCGGCCGAGGCCACAGCGUCCCGCCAGAGAGCCCGGCCAACCCGAACAGCAGUCGAGCGCAAGGCGCGCGCAGCACGCGCCACCUCCGUCGUCUUCGUCAACCCCAUGGAGCGUGAAAUGAACGACACCGGGCUGGACCCGUUCGCCAACCUCACCAGCAGCCUCGGCCUGGACCGCGAGGACCUCGAGGGCCUCGAGGCUGACGGCGGCGCCCUGGGGCAGGUGGGCGUGGCCGAGCAGCUGCUCAUCGCGUGGAGGCACAUCAUCGGCGGGCCCAACGCCACGGUGGACGUCGGACUGGGCCUCCUCCACGUCUCGCUCAACGCCUCGACCCCCGCCAACCUCCCCGGCAACCUCUCCGCCAACCUGACGGGCAACGCGUCCGCCACCCAGCUGCUCGGCCUAGGAGGCUACAUGGAGCUGGGCAACGCGUCGACAUGGACGGAACACGAGGAGCUGGUGCACCUCGUCCAGAUGGUCAGCGUGGCCGUCCUCCUCGGCCUCGUCAUCCUGACCACUGUCAUAGGCAACGUGUUUGUGAUCGCCGCGAUCCUGCUGGAGCGCCACCUCCAGAACGUGGCCAACUACCUGAUCCUCUCGCUGGCGGUGGCCGACCUGCUGGUCGCCUGCCUGGUCAUGCCUCUGGGCGCCGUCUACGAGGUGAGCCAGCAGUGGACGCUGGGGCCGGAGCUGUGCGACAUGUGGACCUCCUCGGACGUGCUCUGCUGCACCGCUAGCAUCCUGCACCUGGUCGCCAUCGCCCUGGACAGCCCUGAUGACCUUAAAAAAGCUUGA